AUGGCGUCUGCUGAUAUCCGAGACGAGCUGAGGUGCUCCAUCUGUCUGAGCAUUUAUACGGAUCCAGUAACGUUGAAAUGUGGACAUAACUUCUGCCGGGACUGUAUAGAUCGUGUGCUGGAUACUCAGAAGGCGUCUGGACUUUAUACCUGCCCGGAGUGCAGAGAGCAGUUCCAGGCGCGACCCGUACUGUAUACUGCUAGAGCUCUAAGUAACAUAGCAGAGAGGUUCCACAUCUCUCAGUCUGAUGAAGAAGACACGGGAAUCUAUUGUACUUACUGUGUGGACUCUCCUGUACCCGCUAAAAAAUCCUGCCUGCACUGUGAAUGUUCUCUGUGUGGCAAACAUUUGAGCGUCCAUGCCAAGUCAUCAGAACACGUCUUAUCCGAUCCCACCGAUUCCUCAGGGAACAGAAAGUGCCCCAUCCACAAAAAGAUUAUCGAGUAUUACUGCACCUCGGAAAAGGUUACUAUCUGUGUAUACUGUUUCGCUGUCGGAGAACAUCAAGGGCACCAGGUAGAGUCAUUGGAUCCGGCUUCUGAGAAGAAGAAGGAGAGGCUGAGGAAAGAUCUGGAGAUGAUGACUUCAUAUAAAGAAUGGGUUGAUGAACAAGUCCGGAGUCUGCAGGAACGCAGGGCAGAUGUACAAAAUAAAGCAGCUAGUGUAACAGAGAGAGUCACUGCCAUGUUCAGAGAUAUCAGGAGAGAACUAAAAGAACUUCAGAAGAAUGUCCUGAAUGAGAUCUCAGGCAUAGAAGAGAAGAUCUCCAUGUCAGUCUCUGGACUCAUCCAACAGUUGGAGAUACAGAAGGAGGAGAUGUCCAAGAAGAUGACUCGCAUUGAGGAGUUGUGUAAGACCACUGACCCACUGACCGUCCUGCAGGAUAAGACCUCCGAUGGAGAGAACAUCUACCAUACCAAGCCGAAUCACAAUAUGGACACAAUGAUUCCAACUGAAGGUGAUUUCCAUGAGGAUCUCAUCACAAGAAGAUUACACCAUUUAUCUGACAGAAUAAAAGAUUUUAACAUCCGGAUACGACAACCAUCAGAAGUUUUACUUGACAAGGAAACAGCUGCUAAUGAUAUACAGAUAUCAGGUGAUCUGAAAAUCGCAUCUUUGUCGGCAGUAAAAGUAAUUCGUCCAGAAACUCCCAGAAGAUUUAAGAACAAUCAGGUUCUAAGCAAGAGAAGUUAUUCUUCAGGACGGUAUAACUGGGAGGUGGACAUGAGUAAUUCAACUAGCUGGGGAGUCGGGUUGUGUUAUCCCAGUAUGGACAGGAAAUCAAUUGUUGGGGAGAAUAAGGAAUCCUGGUGUUUAAGAAAGUAUAGGAGACAUAGUGGUGGGUAUUAUAGUGAUUAUAAUCUGGAUGAUAUGUUUUAUCAGGAUUAUACUGAGUCUAGUGUGAUGCAUGAAAAUAGAGAGAUAGCUCUUCUUCACCAUCCUACCAGCUAUAAAUUCAGAAUCUAUUUGGAUUACGAGGCCGGACAGAUCUCCUUUUACGAGCUGUGUGACCCGAUCAGACACCUCUACACCUUCACCGCCACCUUCACCCAGCCCCUCCAUCUUGUGAUCGCUGUCUGGAAUGGGUCAAUAAAGAUUACAAAGUAG